UCACUGGGCUUUUGGGUUUUGUCCCUUGAAGAAUCGCUCCGACCUUUCCGGUUCUGUCUAUUUCUCUGAAGCUCGAGGCUGCUGCAACAGACUGACGAAGACGAGGGAGCAGAAAACAGUGACGACGAAGGGGGAGGAGGAGGAGAAGAAGAAGAAGAAGAAGAAGAAUGCCUUUCGUGUCAAGAAUACGUAGACAAUCUGAUUACAAUAUCUUUUCGUCUUCGAUUCCCAUCGUAAUCGACAAUGGCGCCAAUUACUUCCGAAUUGGGUGGGCAGGAGAGACUGACCCUCGUGUUAUUUUCCGCAACAUCGUGCAGAGACCUCGCCACAAAGCCACUGGCGAAACCGUUACUAUUGUCGGUGACCAAGAUCCUUCCCUGAUGAAGUAUUUUGACUGCACUCGCUCAGGACCUCGUUCAGCUUUUGACAGCAACGUGGUUUAUCAAUUUGAGAUCAUGGAAUAUGUUCUCGACUUCGGCUUUGAUCGGUUGGGUGCUGAUGGCUCAGGGAUCAAUCAUCCUGUCCUAAUAACGGAAUGUGUGUGCAACCCAGUUCAUUCACGCAGCAAAAUGGCAGAACUGCUUUUUGAGACAUAUGGGGUUCCUUCAGUUGCAUUUGGAGUUGAUGCUGCUUUCAGUUACAAGUACAAUCAACUGCAUGGAGUUUGUAAGAAAGACGGCAUUGCUCUCUGUCCUGGCUUCACCACAACACAUGCUAUUCCGUUCGUUGACGGAGAACCGAUUUUCAGAGGAUCCUGCCGGACCAAUAUUGGUGGAUACCAUGUCACUGAUUAUUUAAAGCAGCUUCUUUCACUUAAAUACCCUUACCAUUCGUCUAGGUUUACAUGGGAGAAGGCCGAAGAUUUGAAAAUGGAACACUGUUAUAUUGCUCCUGAUUAUGCUUCUGAAGCUCGGCUAUUCCAGGAAGGGAAGAAGGAAGCCGAGGAGAAAACCAGGUGUUGGCAGCUUCCAUGGGUUCCUCCUCCCACAGAAGCUCCUCCAUCAGAAGAAGAGAUCGCGAGAAAGGCUGCUAUAAGGGAGAAACAAGGUCAAAGGUUGCGAGAAAUGGCUGAAACAAAGAGAUUGUCGAGGAUAAAUGAACUGAAGAACCAACUACACAGCCUGCAAUUCCUUCUGAAGCAACUGGAUCAGGUUGAAGAGGAUGACAUUCCAUCUUUUUUGUCAGACACUGGUUAUGCGUCCAGGCAAGAGAUAGAAUCUACCCUUUUGAAAGUGACACAGUCUCUACAAAAAGCAAGGGGCGAGCCGAAAAAUGACCCAACUGAGAAUGAAGAUAAAACCGAUUCUUUUACCGAGAAGUUCCCUCUCAUAAAUGUUCCCGACGAUAUGCUUACACCUGAGCAGCUCAAGGACAAGAGGAGGCAGGUAUUUCUUAAAACAACAAUGGAGGGUCGGCUGCGAGCUAAACAAAAGCGUAACGAGGAGGAACUCGAAAGAGAAAGAAGAAAUCAAUUAGAAGAGGCAAAACGCCGCGGGAAUCCCGAGCUAUACUUAGAAGAGAUGCGGGUUCAGUACAAAGAGGUUUUCGAAAGAGUAGAGCAAAAGAAACGGCUCAAAACAAACGGGUCCAAUACAAACGGAAAUAACAAGUCGGGCGGUGUUGGGCGUGGGGAGCGGUUAAGUGCUGCACAGAGGGAAAGAAUGCGACUUUUGACGACGGCUGCAUUUGAUAGAGGGAAGGGAGAGGAUACUUUCGGUGCCAGAGACGAAGAUUGGCAACUCUACAAGCUGAUGAGCAAAGAUAACGACGACGACGAUGAAGGGCCGGAUGCUGAUGAGGCGGAGCUGGCCCGGUUAUCCUACAGGCUUCGGGAAAUCGACCCGACAUUUGUUCCGAAGGAAGAAGCAGAUUCCACUACUCAAGCAUCCACUGAGGCACCCCGUUUUCGUCCUCUGACAGAAGAAGACUUCAAGAUCGUAAUAGGCGUGGAGAGAUUCCGUUGCCCCGAGAUCCUAUUCCAUCCAAACCUGGUGGGAAUCGAGCAAGUGGGCUUGGACGAGAUGGCAGGUGUCUCGAUAAGGAGGCUGCCGCCAAGACACGAUGAGGAGGGCGAAGGCAUAGACGAGAGACUAGCGAGUUCUGUCCUCAUGACAGGUGGGUCGUGUCUGAUUCCCGGGAUGAAGGAGCGGUUGGAGACGGGGAUUCGGAUGAUAAGACCGUGCGGGUCGCAGAUACAAGUGGUUCGAGCCAUGGAUCCCGUCCUUGAUGCUUGGCGUGGAGCGUCUGCUUAUGCUUCUGAUUUGAACUUCUUGCGGCAAUGCUUCAGUAAGACGGAUUACUAUGAGAAAGGUGAGGAUUGGCUUAGAAGAUACCAAAUCAGAUACUCUCUGUGAUUCUCUUUUGAUAGAAUCUCGUCUUUUAGGUAAUUUAUGUGCACUUUUAUUAACUAUCUUUUCUUUUUUGUAAAAUUUUAUUAGCUAUCUUGCAAGCAUUACAAUGUUAUUAUCAUCUGUUCUGUUCAUUAAGAUAGCUUGUGAACAGUUGUGUUUGAUUUUGCGUGUUUGUGUCUGUUUUUGGACAAGUUUACACA